AUCAGCACUAGCAUCUUCAGCGACCAAAUUUCAGUUUGUAGCAUUCACACUAGAAUUGUUGCAGCUCCUGCUGGGUUUUGGUCAGUAAAAAAUUGACCCGAAUGGUUCUGUAAGGUUGCGGACUCCUGGUCUAGACACCUGUUUUGGUUUUAAAAGAAAGCCCAUAUUUUUGACUGCUCUCUUGACUUUCAGAAUGUCCUGCAUAGAUGAUCACAGAGGGCAUCAAUAUGAGGAAGAGGAGGAGCUGGGAGAAGAAGAAGAGCGCCCCAAACCUAAGUAAGAAAACAAAUCAGACAUUUGACCAAAAACGUUUGAAUUUCAUGCAUUUUGACGUAAAUUCCUGUUUUUUCAGGCCGGUGGUCCCACAAAUUGUAGCCCCUAAGAUCCCAGAGGGGGAGCGGGUUGACUUUGAUGACAUCCACAGGAAAAGGAUGGAGAAAGAUCUUCUGGAGCUGCAGACUCUGAUUGAUGUUCACUUUGAACAAAGAAAAAGAGAAGAAGAGGAGCUGAUCGGACUCAAAGAAAGGAUUGAGAGACGAAGAGCCGAAAGAGCCGAGCAGCAGCGAGUGAGAGCCGAAAAGGAGCGCGACAGACAAACGAGGCUUGCUGAAGAGAGGCAAAGAAAAGAGGAUGAGGAGGCAAAAAAGAGAGCAGAUGAUGAGGCCAAAAAGAAGAAGGUGCUCUCCAACAUGGGGGCUCACUUUGGAGGCUUCCUUGCAAAGGUAGAGCAAAGACGAGGUAAGAAGCAAACGGCGAGAGAAAUCAAGAAGAAGACCCUGGCUGAGAGACGCAAGCCGCUCAGUAUAGAGAACCUGAGAGAGGACAGCCUCAAAGAAAAAGCGAAGGAGUUGUGGGAGUGGAUCUACCAGCUGGAGUCAGAGAAGUUUGACCUGACUGAGAAGAUGAAGAGACAGAAGUAUGAGAUUAAUGUUCUUCUGAACAGAAUUCAACAUGCUCAAAAAUUCAAAAAGGGUCAUGGGAAAGGAAAGGUCGGAGGACGCUGGAAGUAAAGCAAAAUUUACAGGAACAUAUUUAUUUGAUUUGCAUUUGUAGCUGUUAAAAUACAGGCCUGAAUGAAA